AUGGGUGAACCGGUUGUCAACGGCGAGAAGCACUACUCCCAGUUCCUCGAUCAUCUCACUUCCUACCCUAUCAUCUCCGACUCCAUCUCCUACUACAAGGGCAACCCUUACGGAGCCAAGUCCCUUGAAUUCGCCGACCAGGGCUACACCCGUCUCGCCAAACCUGUUCUACCCUACUUCUCCACUCCCUACAGCUAUGUUGCUCCCUACCUAGCUCGCGCCGACUCCCUCGGUGACAAGGGCCUGACCCAGAUCGACACCCGCUUCCCUAUCAUCAAGGAGGAUACCCAGAAGCUGCGCGGCACCAUCUACAACAGUGCUUCCCUACCCGUCCGCGUCGCCGGUGAUGUCAAGCACCAUGUCUUCGGUGUUUAUGGUUCUGAGUACAAAAAAUGCGGCGGUGAUGGUGUUCUUGCUUCGGGCAAGGCUGUUGUCACUACCAGCUUGGUUCUGUCGCAGGAAUCGCUGGCUUGGGCUAGCGCUUUCCUCCAGACUAAGAAGGAGGAAGCGAAGGAGGUUGUCAAUGAAAAGAACAGCAACUGA